UUCGAUACAUUUUAUUGAAACGUCAGCGGAAUCACUUGGAUAUGUUCCUUUGUUAGAUUAAAAAUAGGUUAUCAAUACCAUCACCUGUAGCCUAGCCUACAUCAAAAUUUGCUAGGCCUUGUUCUCAGUCUGUUCGUACAGCUUUAGAAAUGUCUUCUAGCCUAUCGUUGCAUUCGGCCAGCUUUCAAAUAUUCCAGAAGAAAACCUGGUCUCUAGUUGAUUUUGUGUUUAGAAGCAAUCUUAUAACAAUGUGUGGACCGAUGUCGUUCCUCUACCAAGCACUCAUGGAGUUGCAUUAACAUCGCCAUAUGGAGGUUCAAAUCCACCAGUUAAUAGAACAUUUGUUCCAUCUGAUCGAAUAAAUUGGACUGUGCAGUGGGAUGAUUAUACUCCAGUAGAUUACACCAGUCCAUCGGUUGUGAAAGAUCAAAUUACCGACAAAAGACCAUUUUGGGCGGAUGAUCCAGAUCCAAAACAAGUUCAACAUUAUAACAAACUCGACGGAGAAAUAGAUCGUACUAGUUUUCACGGUGUAUAUUAUGUGGAUGAACAUACAAACCGACCACGUAAUCCAGUCGGAAGAACUGGAAUGACACAACGGGGAGGUCUCGGUCGAUGGGGACCGAAUCACGCUGCCGAUCCAAUUAUAACCAGGUAAAUGAAAUACCUAAUCUUUAAUCUUAUUUAUAGAGCUGUCAGCAUCCCUAUAUUGUUUUGCGCUGAUCCGACUUUUAAUCAAUAUGGGCACAGCUGCAACGAAUAGAUACGAAAAUCAUUGGAGUAGAAAAAUAUUGUGGUUAUGAAAAGUUUUAUUUCCAGUACAAGAGCACGUCUACAAAUGAUGAAUUGAUAGUUCAUUUGUUAAGUUUAUCUAUUAUCUCUUUUCGAAGAUGGGCAGAAAAUUCGGAUGGCACAUUGGUGAAAAAAAGACAGGGGAUAAUGGACAAAAAAAUGUUGGAAGUUAUUUUUGUAACAAGAAAAGAUACUGGUCAGCUUGCCAUUCCUGGGGUGAGUAUAAACAGCAGUGUGGAUAAAAGACUAAUUAGUAACUGGGAAAACAAAAAUUAAACAUUCAGACAAAUAUUCUGGCAUGAAUAUACUGUUAUAGCAGUUAAGUGCACCAUAAAAAGUAUUGAAAGUACACUGGGCGUAGCGUUAUAAGAAAACACGAUCAACAUAGAUCUAUUGCCUCGAAGUAGAAUAGAGAGAUCAACCAUCAGAAGCGGACGACUGAAACUUUUUCUGAACAUUUAUUAAAUAGGGAAACUGAACUCAAACACUUUUAUCAGAGUCUACAGAAAACAUCACUUUGUACAGUUAUCAUGUAAAGUCAUUCAUAGUUAGUUUUGAAAGGAUUUCGUUUGAAAAACUAUCAAUAAGUAAAAUGCCACGUCUAUGAAAACUCAGAAAAUACUAUAUGUAACUGUAUCAAUCUAACCCAUAUUUAGCCCAUAAUGCAACCUGAUACAAGGUUAUAUGAAAAACCCAUCUUCUACUCUAUACGUACAAGAAGUUGAAGAAAUCAUAGUUAUGCAGAGAACUCUUUUCUCCCUUAUUAAAGGUAACCCCUUACCGGUCAAAAUGCUAAUGUACGAGAUCGAGUAAAAAGAAUUUUAAUAAACAUUUUGAGAGGAAUGAAUUGAGUAGAACUAUUGAUAAUUAACUAUUUGAAGUAGAACUAUUUGAAGUUGAGGCGUAACGCUGUUCAAGGGAAUCCGGAGUCUAGAAUAGGGCUGUGACAGUUACCGGUUACUGUUACCACCAUUACUCGGUAACUGUAACUGCUGAACAGUUGACGUUCUUGGUAACGGUAACAGGUAAGCAGUUACCGUACAAGUAACGGUAACUGUUCAGCAUAUCUUUCAACAGUCAAAUCUCUAGAUAUCUAGGUAUCCAGGGUGAAAGUUCGUAGCCUCACCCUGGAUACCUAGAUAUUUAGAGAUUUGACUGUUGAAGAUAUGCUGCCGUUACCAAGAACGUCAACUGUUCAGCAGUUACUAGGCAUGCACCAGUUUUUAACUAGUUUUGGGGCAUCCGGGAGAACAGCUGUCAGUUAUCACGAUUCUCUCAGAGCUGUAAAACAUCUAAUUUUGUUUGUAGGGUCUGAUUUGUGAACAUCUGCAAUUUACAUAAUAUAUCUAGAUGUAUAUCUAGAUGUUCAGAUAUUCUGAUAUUCAAGUUAGAUAUUUAGAUAUUCAGAUGUUAUAGAAAUGGGGAAAAGGGAACGUGGGGGUGGCAAGGGAAGAUGAGAGUGAAGCGCUUCCUGAUCGCCACCGUGAAAGAAAAGAGGAAGAUAUCUGAAUAUCUGAACAUCUAGAUAUUAUGUAAAUUGCAGAUUUUCACAAAUCAGACCGGUCUCAAUUUUGUAGAAAAAUGUUUGCUCUACAAAAUGCAUUUGUUAAAAGAAUUCCAGAAUCAUUUCUAAGAAAACUUAGAGCAUUCUAAAAUGUACUAAAUUACGAAAAAAAAACCUGUUCGAAC